GGCCUUGGAAAUCAGACAAGUUUAAGAAAACAUAUUGCUCGUUUAUCUUGAAAACAGUUCUCCUACAUGCUUUGAUUAAUUAUAGGUUAUCAAACUAGUUUAUGACUAAUCUAUUCAUCAAAGUUAAACAUUGCGAGCACCGGCCAAGUUCAUCCAUGUGAGCCGUACCAUUGAACCCUUGGCAAGCUCCUAAUCUCGAAGCCUUGCCCGCACAUAGCUAGGCAACUCUACUGAAACCUCUUGAUAACUGCAGAUUCUGCACACCGUCCACGCCGACCCUUCUUAGUUUUCUCUUCCCCAUUGGUCGAUACGAGAGCCCAUGUAUGAAUGUAGCCAUAUAAUAAUGCAUUGCCUUGUCAGCAAUCCGUGCUCAAAAUCACUAUAAAUACCAGCACUAUCAGACCUUCAACCAUCACUCAAAGUAUCAAAUCACUGAUAUCGAAUCACAUAUUGUUGUGCAAAGCCUUCAUUGUGUGUUCACUUAGCACUAGCACUAUGGCAGAUCAGUACCGGAAAGAGAUCAAAGAGAACCGUGCAGCAGCGAAGGUGGAAGAAGAGCCUGCUACUGGCUGUGGGAUGUUUGAUUUCUUGAAGAAGAAGGAAAAUGAGAUGCCCCAACCUGAAGAACAGAAGCAUACCCUGGCUGAAAAGCUCCACCACCAUGAUGGCAGCAACUCUAGCUCAUCUAGCAGUGAUGAAGAAGGCGGGGAGAAGAAAAAGAAGGGACUGAAGGGUAAGAUCAAGGAGAAGAUCACCGGCAAAAAGGAUGAGGAAGAUGCUUACCAUGCACCCAUUCCCGCUGCAAAGAGUGGAGUAACAAAUGGUGAGGAGAAGAAGGGAUUCAUAGAGAAAAUUAAAGAAAAGCUUCCUGGACAGCACAAGGAAGCUGAAGUUGGUGCCCCUCCCGAGUAUCAUGCUCCACACGAAGGUGAGCCAAAGGAGACGAAAGGAAUCAUGGAGAAGAUUAAGGAGAAGCUCCCUGGUGGUAACAAGAAUGAAGAGGAGAAGCCCAAGGAGUACUAACAUGCAGGAGUUAUGGAACCAAUAAAUGUUUAGGUGUUAGUAGUAGUGCUAGCUAGCUAUGAUGUUUGCCUGUAACGUGUCUUGCUUGUGUUCCUUUCUGUACCUGUAAAAGUGUUCGCUUGUAAUCUGUAUUGUUUAUUGUCCUAUGUACUUGCGGAAAUUUCAUG